AUGGAAACCACAGCCUUAAAUUCCCAGAAGGAGCUAUCAGCAUGUAAGGAUAAAGAAGACUGUCAGGAAAAUGGAGUUCUACAGCAGGGUGUCCCUGUCCCCGAGGAUAAGGUGGAGUCUGGCCAAAUCUCCAGUGGGUACUCAGCAGUUCCAAGCCCUGGUGCAGGAGAUGACCCUCAGCACUCCAUUCCAGCUGCCACCACAGCCCUAGUGGCCGAAGUUCAUCAAGGGGAACGAGAGGCCUGGGGCAAGAAGAUGGAUUUCCUCCUGUCGGUCAUUGGCUAUGCCGUGGACCUGGGCAACGUCUGGCGCUUCCCCUACAUAUGUUACCAGAAUGGAGGGGGGGCAUUCCUUCUCCCCUACACUAUCAUGGCCAUUUUUGGGGGGAUCCCGCUGUUCUACAUGGAGCUCGCGCUGGGCCAGUACCACCGAAAUGGAUGCAUUUCAAUAUGGAGGAAAAUCUGCCCGAUUUUCAAAGGGAUCGGUUAUGCCAUCUGCAUCAUUGCCUUCUACAUUGCCUCCUACUACAACACCAUCAUGGCCUGGGCACUCUACUACCUCAUUUCGUCCUUCACGGACCAGCUGCCCUGGACCAGCUGCAAGAACUCCUGGAACACUGGCAACUGCACCAACUACUUUUCCGGGGACAACAUCACCUGGACGCCCCACUCAACAUCCCCUGCAGAAGAAUUUUACAUGCGCCACGUCCUGCAGCUCCAUCGGUCUAAUGGACUUCAGGACCUGGGUGGCAUCAGCUGGCAGCUCACCCUCUGCAUCAUGCUGAUCUUCGUUGUUAUCUACUUCAGUAUCUGGAAAGGUGUCAAAACAUCUGGCAAGGUGGUAUGGGUGACAGCCACCUUCCCUUAUAUCAUCCUUUCUGUCCUGCUGGUAAGGGGGGCCACCCUCCCUGGAGCCUGGAGGGGUGUUCUCUUCUACUUGAAACCCAACUGGCAGAAACUCCUGGAGACAGGGGUGUGGGUGGAUGCUGCUGCUCAGAUCUUCUUCUCUCUUGGUCCUGGCUUUGGGGUUUUACUGGCUUUUGCUAGCUACAACAAAUUCAACAACAAUUGUUACCAAGACGCCCUGGUGACCAGUGUGGUGAACUGUAUGACGAGCUUCGUGUCAGGAUUUGUCAUCUUCACAGUGCUCGGAUAUAUGGCUGAGAUGAGGAACGAAGAUGUGUCUGAGGUGGCCAAAGAUGCAGGCCCCAGCCUCCUCUUCAUCACAUAUGCAGAAGCCAUAGCCAACAUGCCAGCAUCCACAUUCUUUGCUAUCAUCUUCUUCCUGAUGUUGAUCACACUGGGCCUGGACAGCACUUUUGCAGGCUUGGAGGGGGUGAUCACAGCUGUGCUAGAUGAGUUUCCACACAUCUGGUCCAAGCGCCGGGAGUGGUUUGUGCUUUGUGUGGUCAUUACCUGCUUCUUUGGAUCCCUGGUCACCCUGACCUUUGGCGGGGCAUACGUGGUGAAGCUGCUGGAGGAGUACGCCACAGGGCCCGCAGUGCUCACCGUUGCACUUAUAGAGGCAGUUGCUGUGUAUUGGUUUUAUGGCAUCACUCAGUUCUGCAGUGACGUGAAGGAAAUGCUUGGCUUCAGCCCUGGAUGGUUCUGGAGGAUCUGCUGGGUAGCCAUCAGCCCUCUGUUUCUCCUGUUCAUCAUUUGUAGUUUUUUGAUGAGCCCACCACAGCUACGACUUUUCCAAUAUAAUUAUCCGCAGUGGAGUAUCAUCCUGGGUUACUGCAUAGGAACCUCAUCUUUCAUCUGCAUCCCCACAUAUAUAACUUACCGGCUGGUCACCACUCCAGGGACAUUUAAAGAGCGUAUUAUUAGAGGCAUUACUCCAGAAACUGCGACAGAAAUUCCUUAUGGGGACAUCCAUUUGAAUGCCAUAUAACAUGCUUCAGUGAGAGAAAGUGGCUUCCUAACAAUCUCUUCCUCUGGUUCUGACAAGUCAUGCCUCACCUUCACCCCUCUAAGUGAAUGAGUUUCCAGCUACCCCUGACAAUGGAAGGGCCUUCUCAUGGAGAGAUGGUCCCAGAAGACUAUGGUGCCCAGACUCUUAUGGCCUCCAAUGACUUGUUUCUCUGAAAUCUCUUGGACAUAUCACCAUGUUAAAUCUAUGACAUAGCUAAACUGGACUAUUUUAGAUGUGUGAGGCUGUGUAUGGAGGUCAUGAAAGCCACCAUCUAAUCAGGAUUAGGUUUAGAAUCAAGUUUGUAAAAGUCUCCUGCAUCAUUUCUUGUUAUGAUCAUUGGUAUCUGACAUCCAUUUGCUUCUAAAAGUUUCACUGUUCAUAAAUGCAUAAACCAUGUAGAAGAAAACAGGGACGCUGUUUUGCUAGCCAUAUAUUUUCUGAGUAGCAUAGAAUUCUAUAGCUGGAAUCUACUAGAACCCUGUAACAACCCAUGUGCUGCUGUGGAGUCAGGAAGAUGUAGAAACUAAAUGGAAAUAAUGUAUACAUGUGAGCCUGUGUAUAUGCUGUUGUUUCAGUGGAUCCUUAUCUCUAUUCUAAUACUUUGGGCCCAUUACAAACUAUGAAUUUGCUCUGAUUUUUCUUACAUUAACAAAUGUGUAUGUAUGUUAUUAUAAGGGUAUAACUACUA